AUGAAGUGUGCGAUAGCGACAGGCCCUAAUGCCAUUCAAGUCUCCCUUGAGUGGGGAAAUCAACUCCUCCGCACUGCGGGAAGGGCUAAUACGAGCGAUGGGCGCGCGGAAGGGACUCAGCCGCUUUUGGAAACGCGGCGGGAGUCUGGGUCAGCGUCGAUCCUGAGUGAAGAGACUCCGGAAGCGACGACGGAUAGCACCAGAAAGUCUGCAGAGGCAACAGAAGACGGCUAUAGGUCAGACGCUACAGAGAUUGUGCCACACUGGUGGAGGGAGACUUGCACGAAGGAGUCUUACGACCAAGGGGGAGCGUUGUGUUGUGCGGGUGCGACGGCGGUACUUGCCGCUGAGUUCGCAGGGAGUCCUUUGGGACCCGUUCCCUACGAUUUAGUCGUGGGUUUGGAUUGGCUGACGGAACACAAGGUGGCCUGGUAUUUCCAGUCUGACAAACUCCGACACUAUGUGAAUGGCCAGUGGUGCGAGUUACCGGUCGUUCGGACUGGUGAAGCAACGCUGCAACGUGAUAUUCCCACCGUAGUCCACCCAAGGACCCCAGCAGAGCAAGCAUAUGAGAUAUUGGCCAAACAAGUGGCGGGUAUGUCAGCCGAGGAGGCAGCUAUAUUCCUACGCCCACCUUCAAGGCGGUAUAAACCCCACGCGAAGAAGAAGGCGAAGGCGCGGAUAACGUCGCUCGUUCGUCAAGCAGCUGCGGACACAAAGGAUCUCAAGGCCCCAAUGCACGGUUUGCACCUCAUACUGGCUUUGCCCGAAGCCGGUCCGGCAAUGCCCCUACGGCUCGCGGAUGAGUGGCAAGGCGCACUUUGCUGCGCGUUAAUCGGGACGCAACCCGCGUCCUCCAGUUGGCAUAGUCCUUCGGCCAUAACCGUCGCGGGGACGACGGAGAGUGACGAGGAGUCCCCCUGGCCUCAGGCACAACUCGAGCACACUCUGUUUGACGCAUGGAUACAUUCGACAGAGGCGCAGGAUAUCCCCCAGGAGAUACCACAAGUGUUGCACGAGUCCUCCGGCUGGCGUAGUCCUUUGGCCUCAACCGCCUCGGUGGCAGCGGAGAGUGACGAGGAGUCUCCCUGGCCUAUGGCAAAACUCGAGCACACUCUGUUCGACGAAUGGAUAACUUCGCCAGAGGCGCAGGAUAUUCCAUGUGAGGUUGCCCAGAUCACAUUCCACAAACAGGAGAUAGCUAAAUUAUCGGACAGUGGUUGGAUCGGACCGACCUAUUCUCCUUUUUGCUCUCCUACGAUCAUGGUGGACAAACGUGACGAUGGUUCCGGGGAGCAAAAGAUGCGUAUGGUUGUCAAUUACCAGGCUCUAAAUACCCUUACGAUAGCCCCUGAUUUUCCACUACCUCUCAUUCAAACCAUUCUGGAGCUGCUGGGAGGCGCCAAGUGUUUUUCCACCUUGGAUCUUGAAGCAGGAUUCCACCAAAUACGUAUUGCUAAGGAAGACCGGUGGAAGACGGCUUUCCUGUCCGUUCUCGGACUAUUCGAGUACCGCGUGAUGCCCUUCGGCCUUUAG